AUGCCUCUUUUUGGUAAAUCUCAGAAGAGCCCUGCGGAGUUAGUGAGGUCUUUAAAAGAUGCGGUUACAGCAUUAGAAAGAGGUGAUAAGAAAGCUGAAAAAGCUCAAGAAGAUGUCAGCAAAAACUUGGUUUUAAUCAAGAAUAUGCUCUAUGGUACUUCUGAUGCAGAACCACAAACUGAUAUUAUUGUAGCCCAACUUGCACAGGAGCUUUAUAAUACAAAUCUGCUACUUCUUCUGAUUCAAAAUUUAAAUCGGAUUGACUUUGAAGGCAAGAAAGAUGUAGCCCAAGUAUUCAACAAUGUUUUAAGGCGUCAAAUAGGUACUCGUUCCCCUACAGUGGAAUAUAUAUGUACUAAACCAGAAAUAUUGUUUACUUUGAUGUCUGGAUAUGAACACCAGGAAAUUGCUUCAAACUGUGGAACUAUGUUACGAGAAUGUGCUAGAUAUGAAGCCCUAGCCAAAAUAAUGUUGUAUUCUGAUGACUUUUACAAUUUUUUCCGUUAUGUAGAAGUAUCCACUUUUGAUAUUGCCUCUGAUGCCUUUUCUACUUUUAAGGAAUUAUUAACUCGACAUAAAAUAUUGUGUGCCGAGUUUUUAGAAGCAAACUAUGAUAAGGUGUUUAGUCAUUACCAGCGACUAUUGAAUUCUGAAAACUAUGUUACUCGACGGCAGAGCUUGAAGUUACUUGGAGAGUUGCUUUUAGAUCGACACAACUUUUCUAUAAUGACUCGCUAUAUUACCAAUCCUGAUAACCUUAAGCUUAUGAUGAAUAUGCUUAAAGAGAAGUCACGCAACAUUCAGUUUGAAGCGUUCCAUGUUUUUAAGGUAUUUGUAGCAAAUCCUAAUAAACCUAAACCAAUAUUGGACAUUUUGCUAAGAAAUCAGGACAAAUUGGUAGAUUUCCUUACUAAGUUCCAUACAGACCGUUCGGAAGAUGAACAAUUUAACGACGAGAAGGCUUAUCUAAUAAAGCAAAUCAAAGAGCUAAAGCCAUUAGAACAC